CACACCAAUAUCAACAUAUUCUUCUCGCCGGCGAUAAUUUUUCAGGCAAUAUGAUGAAGCAACGGAUAGUUCUGAAGAUGGAUGUGAGUGACAGUGAGAAAUCGAUGAAGAAAGCUAUGAAAAUCGCAUCUGCAAAAUCCGGUGUGAGAUCGGUGUCGAUUCUGGGACAAAACGAUCAGUUAGUUUUACUGGGAGAAGGUAUUGACUUGGCGGAGCUAAUACGGGAGCUCAAGAGGAAGGUUUGCCAGACGAGCAUCAUCACCGUGCAGGCCGCGCCGCCGCCGCAGCAGCAGCCACAUCCUAUGGCUAUGGGCCAAUACAACCAGAUGCCUCCGGCGAGAAGAUGUACAUGUGAGAUACCAAACUCAGGUUUCUGCGGGAUAUGUUGUUCUAUGAGUCAACACACAUAUCAGAUGGUAUCAUCGCCGUAUCCUCCUCAGGUGCUCUAUUGUCGUGAUGAGACCAAUAGCUGCAAUAUUUUGUGAUGUGAGGAGGCUUUGAGUGUUUUUCCUUUUUUCGUUGAGUUUUCGGUUUUUGUUUCUUAGAACUUAUAAUUCUGAUCAUACGAUAUAUUGUUAAAUUCGUGAUGGCCUAAAAUGUUUUGUU